UGAUACAAACAUAGACCUUAUACUAAGGUAUCAGGUCUAUGAAUACAAAGCAAAAACCACAGACUUCUAUAAUACUUAUAUAAUUAGUAUUAUAUAGAAGUCUGUGGCAAAAACUGGUAGUGCUUAUCAGUUAUUACUUAUUACUAUUAUCAUUUAUCAUCUUGGCGCCAAUGGCCAAUCUCUUCGACUCUUCCAAAGUUCCGACCACACUCACUUUUGGUUCACACUUAUUUAGGCAGUAGUAAUAUGAGUAUAUGACGUUUUAAUAUUUUGAUAAUUAAUAAUAAUUAUAUUAUUGUAAUGAUAUACGUCAUAUACCUAAUUAAUUAUAAUUAUAUUAUUCGCAUUUUGAUUCUUGUAAUUUCGUUAAAAAGCUUCCGACCGCUGUUCGAUAACUAUUUCUGCAAUUUUACGUGACUGUCUCGAUAUUAGUACUCGACGCUUACGUCGCGAUCAUAAGAUAUUUUUUCACCUUAUACUUUUCCAAAAGUCUAUCUACCGACUGCAUCAUCAACGUGAAGAAUAUUGUUAAAAGUCAUUAUUUCAUCUCCGUACAGUCGGGAAAUGAUUUACAUAAUGACAUUCAAACCAUCAUAAAGUUUGUUGUCGUCGCUUGUGUUUUUUGCAUUCAAAAUUAAGCAAAAUUGGUUUGAUUUGAUCAUGGACGACUGUGGUGGCAAACGAGUAAUAGCAUUAGUUGACAUGGAUUGUUUCUAUUGUCAAGUAGAGGUUCAACACAAUCAGUCGUUGACUGGAAAGCCAGUUGCAGUCGUUCAAUACAACAGUUGGAGAGGUGGUGGGAUAAUCGCAGUGAAUUAUGAGGCAAGGGAUAAGGGGGUAAACCGACAUAUGAGAGGAGAUGAUGCAUUACAGGCGUGUCCAGAUUUAAAUUUGGUACGUGUGAAGGAGCUCCAUGGAAAAGCAGAUUUAUCAAAAUACCGUACAGCCAGUCAAAAAGUAUUUGAGGUUCUCAGCCAAUUUAGUUCUUGUGUGCAAAGAGCUAGUAUUGAUGAGGCUUAUGUUGAUUUAACUAGUGUGGUAAAUCAUCAUAUUUCAUCUAAUCAUAAUGUAAUAACGGAAAAUGACCUACCCAAUACAUUUGUUGAAGGAUAUUCAGAUGAUAACUCAAAAGAUAAAAAUAAGAAUUUAAAAUCUUGGCUCCACGAUGUAUACAAUAAUGAGUUACAAGAUGACUAUUUACUCCGCUUAACAAUUGGUGCUAUGAUGGUUGAAAAAUUAAGACAAUCAAUUUUUGAACAAACUGGUUUUCGUUGUUCAGCUGGUAUUGCAAAUAACAAGAUUUUAUCUAAGCUUGCGUGUGGUUUACACAAACCUAAUCAACAAACAAUGUUGCCACCUUCUAGUGUACCUCAUUUGUUUGAAACCAUACCAAUAAAAAAAGUAAAAAAUUUAGGUGGUAAACUGGGAGAAAGAAUAAGGCAAGAAUUUAACUGUGAAUUCAUGUCUGAUUUAGCUGCAAUACCCCUAAAUGAUUUACAACAAAAGUUUAAUGACAAAACAUGUAACUUUUUGUAUCAAAUCUCCAAAGGUAUAGAUAAUGAACCUGUGGAAUCUAGACUUAUACCCAAAUCAAUUGGCAGUUGUAAGUCAUUUCCUACGGGACUAAAAGUCAAAGAAGAAAUAAAACAGUGGUUGAACACGUUAAUGAAUGAUAUUGUAGAUAAAUUAAAAGAUGAUUAUGAGGCUAAUAAAAGAAAAGCAACACUGAUGACCGUCAGUGUUAGAUACUUAGAUAAAAAAACGAAAUUGCCGACAUCACAGUGUUUUGAAGUUACUACGUAUAGUCAUAAUAAACUAUUGGAUACUGCCUAUUCAUCAUUAUGCACCAUGACUGAAAAUCAAAAGUCUUUACAAUGGAAAAAUCCAAUAUCUUUUUUAGGUGUAGCUAUUGGAAGGUUUGUAGAAAUGAAUGUCAAAUCAUCAAUAGAUAAUUAUUUCAAUAAGGGAGCUGCCAAAGAAGUGAAAAAUAUUAACAUUCAAUUGACUAGACCAGAAAAUAGUACGACUUGCUCUAAUAUCAAUAGUGAAAGUGAUAGUUCUACACUAUUUAAUGAACAACAAUUCAAAUCUAAAAUUAGUAUACCACUAUCAAAUCAACCUGCGUCAUCAUUAAAUCACUUUAAUGAUAAAAAAAACAAAACAUGUAUUAAUGAUGUAAAGAAUUUAAAAACUAUAUUUGUUCAAAUGAAAAAUUCUGAUAGUUUCUUCACUAAUUCUUCUUCAACAUUUCAAAAUGUGGAUCCUAAAAAAGAAAUUAAGCAAUAUAAACUUGACAAGAACAGUUUUUUUACAAAAAAACUGGAAAUUAUUUCUCCAGUUAAAAACCAAGUAAAUGAGAAAAUGGCAACAGUUGAUCUUCCUCAAUCUUCCUCAACAAGUUCAGUGGGAUUUUUAUUGAAAAGCUCUGAUGUUAUUUCUCCUUCAAAAAAUAUUUUGAAUGAUAAUCAUAACAUAACAACUCAACCAGCAGAUAGUUUUUUUUCAAGAAAACUGGAAAUUGUAUCGCCUUCGAAAAACCAAAAAACUAAUGUUUCAAGAAUAGAGUUAGUACCAAUUGUUCAAUCUACCAUUAUUGAAGAUACUAUUGAAUGUGCUCCUAUAACAUUAUUAUGUGAGCGGUGUGACAACAUGAUUGAUAUAGAUACAUACGAUGAGCACAUAGAUCAUCACGUAGCAAUAGAAUUGAACGAAAGUUUGAAUAUCGUUAACCCUGUACAGCCAUUAAAUAAUAGAAUACUGAAUAGUAAACCAGUAAAAAAGAAAAAAAAUGAAUGUGGUGUAAAACGUAAGAAAAAUUCAAAAGCUUCAAGUUCAAAUCCUAAAAAACCAUGCACAAGUAUUUCAUCAUACUUUAAACCACUAUUAAACCCGUAAUUAUUUCCAAUAAUCUAGUAGAAUUUUAUUAUUAAACUAAAAUGAUUGAUUGUCUAAUUUAAAAAUCGAAAUUUUUUUUUAUUUUUAUA